GUGUUUCUCCCCGUGUUCCUGGUUUUCUUUGGUUUCUUUUUUAAUAUUUAUUUUUAUCUGCCUCAUUUGGAUUGUUCAUUGUUAGGACUUUUUUACUCCUUGAUUUCUGGCCACUUUUAGUUUUUUGUGUUGCCCUGUCUGCUUCAGUUCGCUCUAAGUAAACAAAGUCAGCUUUCAGUGUGGCCCUGCGGGCCUGUCUUUAAAAUCGGGCAGCUCGAGGACCUCUCAUUGAAGGCUGGAUCUUCAGCAGAUGAACGAGUGGUGAGGAGAAGCAGUGCUGUGUUUUAAUAAACAGGUUUGCAAACUUCAAAUCCAAGCACAUUUUCUGUCAUGGGUAACUCAGCAUCCACCGGUUCCAUUACUCCUCCUCCCAGGAAACUGUCGUGGGGACGCCAGAAAGAGGAUACAGUCAAGCUGCAGGACUUCUUGACACAGUACCAAGAGGAUCUCUGGAGAGUUAAAGGAAAGCAAAGUUUAUCUGUGAAAAGGGUCCACCUGACUCACAGCGUCCGCUACGUUGACCUCGCUGCCCAAGAGAGCAGCAGCUCUUAUCCAGACAGUGGAGAGAUGCUGAACCCUGCAUUUGUUGGAGAUCAGGGGCCAUGAAUGACUGAAUUCACUGUGGACAAUCAAAUCCAUGCUGCGAGACGAAGAUCCUCUCAGCUGCAAUGUCUGAAGGCGUAACUGCACACAAAGGAGGUCUGCCACAAGCAACUGACUUUCCCUUUGACAUACUACUGCAAGCGUGAACUUUUUGAACAGGAAGUAAGUUGAAAAUAGAACAGAUAUUAAAAAGAAGAAGAAAGAAAGAAGAAAUUAGUGGCAGGACGAGAUAUCACACAUCAGCUGAGCAAAGGUUAAGGUCUGACUCUGAGAGUACAAGAUGGAUUCUUUAAAAUGGACUCUGUUUUUUGUAUGCUUUUGUGUCAAAGAAAAUGAAGCCUCAUCCUGGACAAUUGAGGUGCCAUCCUCAGUCAAAGGUCUCCUUGGAUCUUGUGUGGUGAUCCCCUGCUCAUUUAACUAUCCAGAACCGGAGAACCGUGUCACUGAGUUCACUGCGAUGUGGAAAGUCGCUACAGAUGAACUCAUUUAUCACCCAGUUGAGUCUACAAUAAUGCAGCAGUAUCGGACUCGGACAGAACUGAUUGGAGACGUCAGUCAGAAGAACUGUUCUCUGAAGAUCGAUCCCCUUCAGCAAAGUGACAAUGGGCCUUUCCAUUUCAGGAUUGAAAUAAAGGGCUAUGAAAAGUAUUCUUACAAAAAGAACAUGGUCUCCAUUGCAAUGAUCAGUGAACCAAAUCCCAUCAAUUUCUCUGUGAAUGAGGAAGUAACUGAGGGUAAACCUGUGUCAGCAUCCUGCUCUGUGUCUCACUCCUGCCCCGCUUCUCCUCCUGUCUUCACCUGGAAUCACUUAGGAAAGGCAGAUUUCGCAACACAGAAGCUUGAGGAUGGCCAGUGGAAUGCAACAUCUACUCUGACCUUUCACCCGACCAGUGCUGAUCACAUGAAGUCUUUACAAUGCACUGUAGGAUACAAGGGCGGGAAGCAUCACAAAGCAUUCAAGGUCCUCAAAGUAAAAUAUGCUCCUGUGAAUGUGAUGGUUGAAUCCAAGUUAAAUGUAAAUGAAGGAGAAACUGUACGGCUGAAAUGCACCAGUGAUGCUCACCCUCCAGCCACCAUCUAUGAGUGGCAUAGUGAAACUGGUGCCCAACUGCAUCAAGGGGAGGUCUUCUUGCUGCCAAAUGUCUCCAGAUACGACAUAAGGGCGUUCUAUUGCACUGCCAAUAAUUCAGUAGGACAAGGCAAAUCAAGCCCUGUGCACCUCAAUGUGUUAUAUGCCCCUGAGAUUAAGACCAUGUCUUUCUGCUCUUCAGCUGCCAAUAUUGUAAAGUGUGUGUGCAUUGUGGAGUCCGAGCCUCCCUGCAUGGUCCAUUUUGUGCUUCCUGACAGAGUUCUCCCAAGCACCAUGGUAGAGGAACAGGGCUCUCGUACCAAGUGGAUUCUGCAGGCAGAGCUUGGAUCUCAUGAGUUUGUCAUCUGUCUGGCUAACAACACACAGGGCAAUGCCAACCUCACAAUCUUUUUACAUGUUAACAAUACGAUGCAGAGACUUUAUAUUAUCGUUGCCACUGGAGCAGGUGUGAUUUUGUUGAUAAUUUUACUAGCAGUGGGAGUUAUAAAAAAAUGUAGGGGGAGAUCUGGAGACGCACCAGCAUCUCACAUGAGCACCAUGAGGGCAGUCAAAGACGUGGAGCUCCCUCAAUAUGCUGUGACAAAAAGAAAACAGCAAAUCCCGAAUGAUGACUAUUGCCCCAGCAUUUAUGAAAAUUACACUGCAUAUGGCAACAUGGAGGCUGUCUGUGAUGACGCAAUAUACGCCAAUAUGUAAGAUCACUGAAGUCACUGGAGGACCAGCUGGACUCCCCUUGUGUGUUAGCUGAUGUUGGUCAAGAAAAUUGAAAAAAAUAUGCUAUAGAUAUAUAAGUGUUAUUUUUCUAUUUCCUGUAAUUAGCAAAUGUGAAGAAUGUUCAUGUCUACAAAUAACAUUAUCAUUAAUGCAUUGUGUUUGCAGUUGUUGUUUCUCUCGUUCAGGACUUUUUCCUGACUGCUUCUCUGAUCAGUGUGUGCUGUGUUAAAUUACCACUAAAUAAUAACCAGUACUGUACUUGCAAAUAUGUUUGGUGUUUAUACUCUAUCAAUCAUCUGAUUAAAACACAUGCUUUUCUACUGUAGGUCUUCGAAUCAGGUUAUAAAAUUCCAGGAUUAGGAAAAGUUUCUCUAGUGAUGUUGCAUACCGGGAAAAUGCCAUUGUUACUGAGGGGCCUUGUCUGCCUGCUUUGCUUUGUUAUACUUUGAGUGGAAAAAUGCAAUAAUUCUCCCUUUUGAAGAUGUGUCUUGAUAAGUUUCAGUUUGUUGAUAAACUCAAAUAUGCUUGUCUGCAUUUUGUGUGUUUUUAUUGCAUAAAAGAAGGGAGAUAACACAAAUUAUUAUGUGUGUUGAAGAGUCGCAUUCAUAUUGGCAAAACGCCACAAGCGGUCACUCCAGCAUUAAAGUGUCAACUUUUAUUUUCCUCUUUUUCAGAGUGGCAGAAAAAAAAAACAGGUGGGAUGCUUAUUUCUUGCCAAUAGCAAAAGAAGUAAAGUGCUGGUCUUUUGGUGCAACAUCAUUGCAACAACAUUGUCACUGUAUGCAUUGAACAUUUAGUGUAAUGUAAA